CCCGGGUGCGCGCCCUUUAUGACAGGUCGCCGCGCGGUCCCGCUUCCUUCCCGGAGCCCUUAUAGUAGAGAACAGAAGGAAAGGGAACAAUGGCAGCAGCGGCGGGCGCUGUGUGAGGAUGGAAAGCGGAGGACACGUCUAGUGCAGGAAUAGCGGAGCGCUCCCGGUCGGCCCGGUCCCCCUCCUCCUCCUUGAGGGAGAUGCAGAGAGCAGGGUGAUGCACAAAGGGCUGUGCGCGCUGGGGAGGAUGCAGCAUCCUGCAGGAGGAGCAGAGACAGGGAGGAGCAUCCACCUGCUGCAACCGGGGCUCCCGAGCCAGCGCUCUGCUCCUCACUAAGUGCUGCAGAGGGGUGGGGGGGACAGUCACUCAGCCAGCAGGGGCCCCCAGCGAGGGAAGGAGGACACUAAGGGCUCCAGCAGCAGCAGCAGCAGCAGCACAGGACAUCCAUCCACCAUACAUGAGAGCAAAGAGGGGGACACCCUGCACCCCAGCCAUGUCACAUUGCCUUCUAGAUCUAUAGUCAUAACUGCAUGAACAGAAUUUGAAGUUAAAGAGUGGAUUAUGGCUCAGUAGUGGCUUAUUCAUGAAAGAAACUCUACAGGUUCUCCAACCCAUCGUAAGGCUAAAAGAAGUAUUAACGAAUGGAUUCCCUUGGCAACAGGUGUUGAAGGAUGCAGGAUGCCAAUACUCCGUGCUCAUCAAGCAACCAGAAGAUCACUCCUGAAGACCCUGAGAUAAGGAGGGAAUGCACUGUUCAAGAUUGGAACUUAACUGCGAGGUAUGGAGUGAGCCUCACAACGAUAAAUUGAUGGAUAGCCAGGAAGAUAGAGACUCGGCUCCACAAGCAGCCAACACUCUUCUUAUUAAUGGGAUUACUGAGCCGCAUGAUCCCGUAGAUGAUGUGAAGUCCUAUGAUGCUGCAGAUGCUUCUGUCACAUUCCCAGCCUUAACACAGAAAGAACUCCAUGCCUGUCACAGAGCAUUGCCACCAAUCAUUUCCAAAGAGCCCUGCUUGCUGGGCCCUCCUUCCCCCCUGAGGCUAUCAGAUACAGCUGAACAUGUUAACAGUGAUCCUUCAGCUCAGGCCAUAUCUCUGACAACCUGUGCUACCAAGGGCCUAAGUACUUGGUCUUUGCCCAGUGAAAGUGAAAAAACGCCUUUUACCAUCAUGGAGCCUGGAGCUAUGUCAGCUUUGACUGGUGAUUGUUUGAUGCAACAAAGUCGGACCUGCUUAGGUUGUUACAUAGAAACAAAAGAUGGCGUAGACUCAGAGCCUGGUGUCAGUUUGAAAAUGGGAGAUAUAAGUAGAGACUAUGACACUUGCCCAGUUACGGACAUGGGAAUUCAGUGCAUGAGUACCGGAGACAGCAUAAAAUAUGGAGAUCAGCUGCUUUCUGAUCAGCUUUUAAGCUUUCCUGUUCAUAAAUCUCAAGAGGCUGAUAAAAGGGAUCAAGACAAGUCUGACAGUGAGACAGAGGACCCUACCCAAAAGAAUUAUUAUGAGGGUCUGCUACUGGACAAAUGUAAUGGAGAUGAGGCUCUGCUGUCCAAUCCUAACCAGGAAUGGGGCUAUUUUGAGUCCUUUAUUAGUGAGAGUAAAAUUGAACUGUUGGACCUGUGUUCUAAGAAUGAGCUGUCUGUUAAUUUGUUUUCAGAAGAAGAUGUAGACAAUUACAUGUUUGAUGAUGAUGAUUCCACUCUUGGAAGCGAUGUGUGCUCUUUAAAGAUCAGGUAUGAAUCAUUUCAAGAUAAUGUAAGAGAAAAGACAAGUGCUCUACAAGAAGAUGCUCAAUUCAAUUUCUUCCCAAGCGUCUUCACAAACUGCACCAAGAAGGAAAGCAAAGUGUCCAAGAAAAGGGUAACAGACCCUUCUCAAUUCAAACUUGAAGAAGGUGGAAUAUGGGAAGAAGAUGAGGAUGAAGAUGAGGAAGGAGAGAGUGAGGGCAUGAAAUCUACCUUGAGCAAAAGUUGUAGCAAUGUGGAUGUGGUGCAGUAUAUUAGCACAAAAAGAAGCCACUUUUUGGAUUCAGUAAAUUCAGCAGAAGACUCUGGAGAGUACAGCGAUGACAGCUCAUGCAGUGAAUCUUCAUAUGAUGUACUGGGAGACAUCAAGGACUGUACCAGAUAUCUAUCACGUGAGCAUUCUCACUCCCUAAUCCAGCCAAAUUAUGGACUAAGGGUGAAAAGAAAAGUCAGGUAUAGCGAUGACUACUUGUAUGAUAUGGAUUCUCUGGAGAAUGAGAAGGUUGUAGAAAAGAAAGAAGGUGCACCAGAUGGACCCAAAGAAGAAGAUGAUGAUGACUGGUGCCCUAAAAAACGCAGGAAAGUUUGCAGGAAGGAGCCACCAGUCAUCAUUAAAUACAUAAUCAUUAAUAGGUUCAAAGGAGAGAAACACAUGCUUGUCAAGCUUGGUAAGCUUAAUACAGAUGAGACCACAGUUACUCUAAGUGAUGACCAGCUAUCAAAAUUUCAAAAGCUUGCACCUCGCAAGGACUAUUGGGAAGAAAGAAGGCGAAACACAUCAGCUUUGAAUGCACAGAGAAAUCUUAAUGGCUUAGAAAACACCAUUCCACCAAGGAAGAGAAAAGGACAGCUAGCAAACCGGCAUAGAUUACAACGGAUACAAACUAUUGAACAACCAGUGGGCAGGGAGAUGCUUUCUUCUUAUGAUCGUAGACAGGCAUGCAGCAGUAAAGAUGAUGCCAGCCUUAAUGAGUUGCAUACAUUAGCCCUAGAAACUCCAAGCAGUGUAAAUGGAUUACAUUUGGCUGACAUUGCAGAGGUUGCCCCUGUGAGGUGUAGAUCUUUAGAAAGGGAACUUAAGUGUGCAGACAGGAAAGUUAUAAGGAGAAUCAAGUUUAAAAGUGAAGCCAGGUUAAAAUGCAAACAGCUCAAAAUUGAGCAAGCAAAUGCCAUUAAUAAUACAGAACCAGUGGAAAACUUCCCCACCAUGGAGAACCAGGACUCCAUAACGCUUCUAAAAGAAGAAACUGUUCACAGUACACCAGAUUCUUCCCAUUCUUCGCAGUGCCAUGCUGAUAAUGAAGCUAAAAAUUCUCCUUUUCUGCAAACCACCUGCUCUCCUGACAAGCCAUUACCAUCUGCUCACAUCAGCACCAAUGUACCAGUUCUCCCUGGUGGAUAUCUACAGACACUCUUAGAUGCAUCAGACUCAUCUUCUGGCACUGCUAUAACAUACUUUGCCCCUCAUCCCUUGGGGCAGCACUCAGUUAACAUCAUGCAGACAGACAAACAAUUCAGCUCACUACAACUUGCAAAAAGCUGUGUUCUUUCUCCCCCUUCAGAAUCUGAACUGCAGCAGUCACCCCAUCACUUAGAAAUGGAGCAGAGCUUCCCAGACAUGUGGCAUGACAAACCUCCUAGAAGCCAGACUGAGUUUAUAUCAAACCUAAGGGAAGUGUCCAUUAUAUCCGGAGAUUUUUCUGGUUCAGCAGCUGUAUCAGGUGCAGACAUCACAGCCUUGGGAUAUAGUCAAGAUCAUCCAAACAGCACUAAACAGCUGUACCACAAAACAUACUUGCAAGAAGGCCAGAUUCAGCAGGAUGACUCCUAUCAGACAUGUCAUUAUUAUAGUGGAGAUAGCCACUAUGUUCUGCAGAGGGGCACGCUUAACACAGACAAUGGAAGGCUUAUUAGUUUUGACUCAGUAGGCUCAUUGUCAGUUAGUUCUAGUAAUUACAGCUCUUUAAGCUUGAAGUCUUGUGAAAAGGAUGGAGAAGAUGAAAUAAGUGAUGAUUUCUUGGCCCACUGCAGUCCCAAACUUGUAAUUCAGCAAAGCAUUGACGAAAUCACACCACUGAAGGAGUCAACUGAUCUCCUUGAUAUCUCUAACUUCACCCCUGACAAAUUUCGUCACUCAUCACUUUUAGAGAUGUCUCCACCUGAUACGCCCAAUCUUUCUCCUCAAAUCACAGGUACAGAGGGGAAAUCAGUAGGAAACCUUAAACCUUUUCAGAAUGGUACCCAAGCAGUGCUUAAUGGAUUAGAAAAGACCAAAUGGAACUGUACAGUUCUUCCUUCACAAGAGCAAAUUAACAGUGGCUUUACACUAAACAAUCACCAGUUUCAGUUUCAUAUGUUUAAUGAUGAAGACUCAGUUACUGUGCCGGAUAAAAACACAUGUCUGCCAGGAUUUGAUGAGUCUUCGGUACCCAUCCAUGCUAUAGGCAAAGCCUCAAAAUCUAAAAAGAAACUUUCUGCCACCAAAAAUGCAGGUGCCAACCAAAGCUCUACUCCAAAAAGUAGCAAGAAGAAAUCCCCCAAGGCUAGCAAGGGGGUAGAUAAAACACAGACAAAGGCCCCCCGGCAAAAUGGUUCCAAGUCAUCUAAGAAAGGUAAAAAUGAUAAAUCCCUGACUGCUGGCAGUGGAUCAGAUCCAAAAAAUGCUAGCCCUGAUAAGCAGACCUCAACUGACUGUAUGCAGAUUUUUGGGCCUGGCUCAUCCAAGGCAGGGAAGCCCCCAGCUGAGUGGACGCAUGAUAAAGGUAACAAUUCAUGGCCUGAUGUUAAGGGAGGAAAUGCUAAGAAUAUAAUUGAUGAUGAUCAAAGAGAGUUUGAGGAACCUUCUAACAUUCUUUCUAACAUAGCUUCUGGUAUGGCUGAUGUACAGAGGUUUAUGAUGGCCUCGAUUGAGCCAUUUUACAGUCCUAUGGGUCACAGUGACAUCCCAGACGUAUUAGUGUCUCCCGAGUCAAACAGUCUAAAAUUGAAAACAUUGAAAAUUUUGGCUAGUACACCACAGGAUUUUAAGAAGAAAGUAAAUGGCAGCUCAACGGGGGGCUCCAAGAAGUCAUCCAACAAGGGCUCAGGUAAGAACAAUGCUAAGUUUGGAGUUUUUGACCCAAGCUGCUCACUAAGUUAUGGAGGCAACCUUCAUGCAGCCUUUUUUGAUAAGAACUUUGGAAAUCUUGGUAUUUUAACCAAUACUGUACCAACCCACAAAAAGCUGUACCGUCAUAAAUCAACAUCUAAAUCACUGCGUGAUGAGAACUGUAAAGGUAAACGAAUAGACCAAGCACAUAAGGACCCAAUGGUCACAGCUGCAUUUGAGAAACUGAGGUAAUGUUGCACCAAAUGUUGUCUAAAAUGCAUUUUUUUCUUUUCUUCACUUGCAAAGCCUGCUGGUCUUUUUUUUCUUUCGUUUUCCCUAAACAAUUCUUAAAAAAAGGCUAAAGCUGCAUGUAAGCCACUGCCUUGCAAUUAAAAAGAGGCUGCGCAUGUCAAAUGCUAACAAGCUACCUAAAAUCACUGGUUCUUGACUAGGCCGGGUUUUGCAAUGACUAACAACAAAAAAAACUUCUAUUUUCUGCUAUCUGGCUUCUUUAUUUCAGAAAUACUUUUUUGUGCUUCUUUGUUUCUAACGCAAAGAUUUUCUUUAUCAAAACACCUUGUAAAAAAAAAUUAAAAAGUUCCAGAAGGAAAUAUAUGCAUUGAAAUGCCACAAUGUGGAGUCUAAAGGAUUCUAAACACACAUACUUCGAUUCAUGUGGUCCCACAAUGUGUUCUUCAGCUCCCCCUGCUGCACAUUUGAAAGAUCUGCAUAGGAGAAUCAAAAUGCAUAUAACUGUUUAUAGCCCCACCUGUUGUAUUGAGCUGAUACAAAGCAUUUUUUCUCGGCAGGAAUUUAAGAAUACAUUCAAAGUGGAAAAAAAAACAUUUUGGAUUUUUGAAAAAAAAAAGACAUUUUUUUUUUAUAACUACAUUGAUGUUUAUGUUUUGUUUCUUUUGAAUAUAUGCCUUGUGGUUUGUUGAUCUGUUAAGUGCUGAAAUCCAGGGUUUACAUUGUGAUGAUUUGUUGAAGGGCAGCUUAAUCUGGUAUUCUCUGUGAAAGACUGUUUUAAAGUCAUACUGUUGUACAGUAGUUAAUGCACUAUUACAACCCACAAACUAAAUGAAAUUGUGCCAAACUCUGA